CUGACAUGAUGUUAUUUUAAUUUAAACAAUUUAGGUAAUACAUCUAAUCAUGGUCUUAAUAAAUGAAUUGAUCGGUAACUUUGGAAAAUAUCACUGGUUUUUGUGUAUAAUUAUAUUUGCCAAUAAAGUCGGAGUCGCGUUCCAUCAGAUGGCUAUUAUUUUCUUGGCUCCUCCUGCGGAGUAUCAUUGUCCUGACAGAAACGAGACCUGUUGUGAUAAUCCAAUCUACGACAAAUCUAAGUAUUCCAGAACCAUAGUCAUGGAAUGGAACUUGAUAUGCGAAAGAGUUUGGCUGAAGGAUUUAACGCAGACGUUUUUUCAAUUUGGUGUUCUCAGUGGUAGUCUGGUUUUCGGAAUGGCAUCAGAUAAGUAUGGUAGAAGACCUUCCUUAUUGGCAUCUGUUAUUAUGAGCGUGUUUUUUGGCAUAAUGUGCUCAUUCCUGCCUGAUUUUUGGAGUUUUACCAUAGUGAGAACAGCUUUAGGCUUUGCUGUUGGAGGAGUGAUGGUGAUAGGGUUCGUGAUAUUGAUGGAGUAUGUGGGAAGUGCGAAAAGAGAUCUGGUAUCGGCGCUGUACCAUGUGCCGUUCACACUUGGUUAUAUAGUACUCGCUGUUUUCGGAUACUUUAUACGGGAUUAUAUGUACUUCCUGCUGGUGAUAUCCUUGACAAAUGUUAUUCUACUGGUAUACAUCUGCAUAUUACCAGAAUCUCCGAGGUGGCUUUUGGCUGCAAACAAGACAUUUAAGGCCAUAACUUUGAUGGAGCGUGUAGCUAAGAUUAAUAAAUUGCCUACGGAUGAAAUUCAGCACAAAAUUGAGUUUUAUCAAUUGGAGCACCGAAGUAAGAACCAGAGGAAAGGCUCUCUCAUUGAUUUAUUUCGCACACCGAAUAUGAGGAAGAAUAUAUUGGUGAUGUCAUUCACCUGGCUCGUGUGCAGUUACUGUUUCUAUGGAAUGGCCUAUUACAUUAGCCAUUUGACGGGAGAUGUUUACGUUAAUGUCAUGGCCAGCGGCAUCGUGUGCCUGUGCGCAUGUCUAAUUGCUAUACCUCUGAUGAAGUUUUUGAAACGCAAGACGCUUGUAGUAUUUUCUAAUUUGGCAACAAGCUUUUGCUUGCUGAUAAUAGCAGUAGUUCCUGAGGGCACAGCUUCCCUCGUGUUUGGAAUCAUUGGAGUUCUCUUUAGCUAUAUGAUAUUUGUUGUAGUAUAUCUGUAUUGUUCAGAAAUGUUUCCAACUGUAGUCCGAAAUGCCGCUUUUGGGAUAUCUUCCAUGAUGGCUCGAAUAGGUUCUAUGAUAGCUCCGUUUGUGGCUGAUUUCAGACCUUUCGGUAAAUGGUGUGCACCCGUAGCUUUUGGCAUUUUUCCACUGAUAGCUGCAUUGUUAUGUUUACUUUUGCCAGAGACAAAAGACUGUGAGUUAAUGAUGACAUUAGAGGAAGGCGAAGCGCUUGGUAAAAAACUAACAAGAGAACAGGAGGCCGGGGUAGAUAUAGCUGAGGAUGUAACAUAAGAUUGAUAUUAAUAUAAUUCAAGCAUUUCAUAAUAAAAUAAAAUUGAAGACU